GCCUUGCUUGCUCCACAGAGGCGAGGAAGAGGGAGGCGCCCGAGGGGGCGUGUCCUGGGAGGGGGCGUGCCCGGAAGAAGGGGAGACACCAGCAGCUUUUUGCAACUGGGCAAGGGCAGCGCCAUGGCUGGGCCCCUCCGAAGCCUCCGGCGGUUGCCUCCCCUGCUCUGCCGCCCCCCUUGGCAAGCCCCUCCGGAGCCCAGGCCCCUCCUGCUGCUGGGCUGGGCUCUCGAGACCCCACGAGUCAGGAUGCUGGCCACGAAGAAGGCUAAAGCUAAAGGGAAAGGUCAGGUCCGCAUCAACAUCAACACCUCCUUGGUAGAGGACAUCAUCAGCCUGGAACAGCUAAGCGAAGAGAUGAGCUCAGUGGUCAAAAACCUGCAGGAAAAUUUCAACAAAACUUUGAGCAUCAAACCAACCCAGGGGGCUCUUGAUUCGAUCAUCGUUACCACCAAGGACGGGAAAUUUCCGCUAAACCAGCUGGCACAGAUCUCCCAGCAUUCCGCACAGCUGCUAGUGGUCAACAUGAACAGCUUUCCAGAAAGCACAGCUGCAGCCGUCAAGGCGAUCCAACAGAGCGGGAUGAAUCUCAACCCGGGCGAUGGGCUCCUGAUUCUCGUGCCGGUUCCCAAAGUCACCCGCGAACACAGGGAGAACCUGGCCACGGUCGCCAAGCAGCUCACCCACAAGGCCAAGGAAUCCCUGCGGAAAGUGCGCACCGGAGCCAUGAACCAGGCAAAGAGCCAAAGCACCACCUCGGAGGACACCAUCCGAUUGAUAGAGAAGCAGAUUCACCAAAUGACCGAAGAUGCCACUGUCGAAUUGGACAAGCUACUGGCUGCAAAGACGAAGGAGUUGCUUGCCUAGGGGUUCACCACAAGAGGCUUUCUUCUGGCCUAAAACGGCCAGUGGUGGUUCUUCAACCGCGGGAAGAGACUUGGGCGGCGAACCGAAGCUCAGGACUUGAGGAAGGGGGGGGGGCCCUUGGCCUCGAGGUGGAAGGAUUUGGCUCCGCGACAGUGGCUACCUCAGCUCCGUCGCCGAGACCGCAGUCCUGCCGCCCAGAAGCCAUUUUGGGGAAGAAGGAUCACGAACAAUCUCGUCGAUUAAAUGCCCCUCCUGCUGGAUGUUGGGGUGGGGUGGAGGCUUCAUAAAUGGGUCAGGAAUUUCAUAUAUGAAAUAAGCGAGUCUGAAUAAAAGG